AUGCACAAAGCAUAUCGCGCGGGAAGCCGUGGUUUUCCGGGCGAGGGGAUACUGCCCUGCGCUUGUGGGGCAAAAAAAGCGCAAACGCCGCGCGCUGUCGCUCGCGAAGAUGUGUUCAUCGAUGUCCCCGAGAACAACGUUACCGAGUACAUAUAUGAUAAAAUUGGUGCAAACUUGCACCGUAAACCAGAACAUCCGCUGUGCAUACUGAAGAGCGCAAUAAUGGACUAUUUCGAUGAAAGUUACGGUGAAGGUAAUUUUACAAUGUUCGAUGACUUGUGCCCGGUGGUGUCUACCUACGACAAUUUCGACUCUGUCCUGGUGCCUGAGGACCAUGUAUCACGUUCCUUGAACGAUACAUAUUACAUCACCUCAGACACUGUCUUAAGAUGCCACACGUCUGCUCACCAGCUUGGUCUUCUGAAGCAAGGAGAGACACGAUUUUUGGUAACUGGUGAUGUGUACAGACGAGAUUCUAUUGACGCCACGCACUUUCCCGUUUUUCAUCAAAUGGAGGGAGUCAGGGUAUUUAGCAAAGAGGAAACAUCGAAGAGCGACCUCACCCCACACGAGCUUGCAAGUCAGGAACUAAAGAAUACGCUUGAAGGUCUCGCGCGGCAUUUGUUUGGCGAAGUAGAGCUUCGCUGGGUGGAUGCAUACUUUCCUUUCACGAAUCCUUCAUAUGAGCUUGAAAUAUUUUUCAACGGCGAGUGGUUAGAGGUUCUUGGUUGUGGUGUGAUGGAAAAGCGAAUUCUGCGUGAUGCAACUUUCGCGGAAGAAGAAGCUUGGGCAUUUGGCCUAGGACUCGAACGCUUAGCCAUGGUGCUCUUUGGUAUCCCUGACAUCAGACUUUUCUGGACCACCGACGAGAGGUUUACUAAACAAUUCAAGCCUGGAAUGUUUCGCAGUGGUGGCGUUGGCAUGCAGAAGUUUAAAAGUUACUCGAAGUAUCCUCCAUGCUACAAGGAUGUUUCAUUUUGGCUACCGAACGACAGUAGUUUCACAGAGAAUAAUCUCUGCGAAGUUGUACGCGCAACGGCAGGUAGUCUUGUUGAAGAAGUCAAGCUAAUCGAUGAGUUCUGCAACCCAAAAACAGACAGGGUGUCCAACUGUUACAGAAUCACUUAUCGGUCCAUGGAUAGGUCACUGACGGAUGAUGAAAUUAAUGCAUUACAAGAAUCCGUACGGGUCUCUCUCGUUGAGGAGAUGGGUGUGACCCUACGAUAG